AUGACCGCUGCGCGCCUUUCGCCGGCGGCGAGCCUGCUGCGCAACUCGAAGCUGUUCGCGCUUCCACCUCCGGUAUCUCUGCCGCCUACUGAACCCUCAUCCGAACCCAUUGCGUUUUCGGAUACAGCUACCACUCCCUAUCCCUUGAGAGCAGCCUUAGAGACUCCGAAGAGUUCCUUACAGAGGGGUGACUGGGGGUUGAAGCGGUCGCUGCCCGUGGAGACGACCACCAAAACUGGAACACCGACUGUCAGAAUACAAGGUGGAAUCGAUACUCGUGAACACAUUGCGGACUUUGAGUCUGCUGCUGACCAUGUCAUGACUUUGCGGAAAUUCCAAGAACUCAAUUUGCGGCUGACUUUGCCCGCCGCCAAAGACAAGCGCUCAAGUUCUCGAACAAGUGUUUUCCAUCAUGAAGUCGAUCAUACCGCCGCCCAACCUGCUCCAGCUCUCGAUAAAAAAUACGCUCCUUCUUCCUGGUUGCACAUGAGCGAGUCUGAGCGUAUAGCACAGCUGCCGAAGCAUCUGAGAGAUAAACUGCAGGAAAUAGCGAAAGCGAAACCGGCACCAUCACAAUCCGAAGCCACACCUCCUAGCCAACCAGCCUCUAGCAUUCCAGCAUCAUCCCACUUUGCCCAAGAGACCAGGCGAUGGAGGUACUCUGGACCGUAUCUUGCAGGAUUGAACGGAAUGGAAUUUGAAAAUUUCUUGAAGAAGAUCAAUCGGGAAAAGAGAGCAGAGUUCAGGGAAUAUGUCAGGAAGCACUUGAACCGACAGCGAGCAGAAGAACAGCGUGCGGCAGCACUGGAAGAAGGUCGAACAGCGACAACCGACGUGGCAGAGGCCACCGAAGAGGAUGUUACAGCAUAUCUACGGCAUCUGCGUUCAGAACCAGGCAAAUUCGGUCCACUCAUUGCCGAAUUCUUUGACUUGGCUGAUGGCCCGCGGCCACCUUCUCAAACAACGGACCCAUGGUCCUAUGGCCGAGACACGAUAUCUGCAGACCCUUACCGAGAAUCAGGGCCGCCUCGAACACACCCCUCGGCCGGGUUGUCUUACAUGAGUUCGGAGAUGUUCUCGCAGAAUGAUAUCAUGGUAGGCCCAAGAGAUACGAGGCCUCCAGUGCCGGCGCGACUCCUCAAAUCCAUUCCUACCACCCACAACAGAAACGUGCCAUUUGUGGGUGUGGCAGGAUUCGUCGUGCCGCAGCCCACCCAUACCUCCCUCACGGACUACAACUGGAAGUGGGAACCUGUCAAGGACGGUCCUAAAAUGGUUGUCGCUCCCACAGCGGCUACCGUUUCGCAAGUUGGCAAGGCCGAGAUCCAGACCAGACUCCUGCCAACCUGGCAUUUAGAGGACGACGUUCCGGUCAAUAGCGCGGAGAGGAGACCUAAGGACGACCACAUCGGGACAAACAGGCGCACUAGUGGGCAACUCCCACGUGUUGACAGAAAUGCCGCGAGACGUCGUUACUCGAGCUCCAGGCCAGCUCCUGAGCCGAGUCAGGACAUCAGCGAAGAGAUUGACGCGAUGAUUCGUGCGGCAUCUUCCAAUCCUUUGAAGAAGAAGAUAUAA